AUGGUAUUGCCGGACUUUGAAACGGAGGUUGAGGCUUGCUGCUGGAUGUUAGGAGGAGGGCGUGCCAGAGAAGUAGCCGGUGCUGGCGUUGACAAGCCCAAGGCGGCCUCUAAGUCCCAGAAAGGUGAACGGCAAAAAGCUUGGGGAUCCUUGUCAGCAAACACUUGUGGGCCAGGGUUGGCCACAUCACUUGGAGCCUCUGAGGGCACUCAAACUGGUUCCAUUUUGUUGCGGUUGUCCCUGGCAACCUCUCCAGCGCUGGGGCAAGUGUCAUCCUUGUCUCCUCCAUCAGACUUGUCCUUGCUAAGCUCCUCAGGUGGUGGAUCCAACUUGUCCCCCUGUGUGUCCUAG